ACAGAGUGCAUUUAUAGGUUCUUUUAGCGACUUUUAUGGACUACUUGUUCCAUACAAUUGCAUUCAAUUAGUGGAUAUUAUUGAUAUUUAAAAUCUACUUAGUCAAUCAAGCAUAAAGUGGGUCAAAGUUAAAAAAGAGGAAUAUUAGUUCUAUGUGGUAACAUUUAAUGCACUGUUAUACAUGUAUUUAUGCUUGUAUCUGCACAAGUCUACUGGGAAUAAUGCAAGUGAUAAUAGGAAGACUUGUAUUGUGAAACACAAGAAUCAGUGUUGAUGUAUAUUGCCGUAUAAGCGUUAGAGUAUAAUAUAUUUCCUUUGACGAUAAAUACAAGCUUGCUUGUAAUCUAUUUCUAAGCUGAUAGGUUUUUCACAUUUUGUGUUUACUAAAAGUUUCCAAUAGGACAUUUGUUUGUACCAUUUCAAAAUGGAGAUUACCUGAAGUAAACGUACGGAAACCCAACAACCAUCGUCUUCUCUUGGGGUACCGACAAUGAUUCAGAUUGCAUGGGUUCAAUCAACUCUUCGAACAGACGGAGUAGAAUGAGCAGUUCCGUGGAUUUGACUAGUGGACAGUCAGAAGAUCUAUCACGCGAGGAACCGGAGGGAGGAAACGAGGGGGAGGGCGGGGCUGCGGCAAGGGGAGGGGAUGAGGUAACGGAUAGCGACAACGAGCAACACGACCUCUCGACAAUCCUGGCGUAUCUUAUACGCAGUGGGCAGGUCAGAAUCCUGCAUUCUGACCAGGAUGAGGACUACACCGACGAUGACGAGGGUUACUUCGAACAUCCAAAACCUGCCCCCAUUGCUGACCCAAAUCCGGAUACUUCCAGAAUAAAGAAAAAUGAUAUAUACGAGGAAACUCUUCUCAAGACAGGACGGAGCAGUGCCUUUGAUAAGACCCAUCCAACUAUCCCACAAAUGCUCUUUAAGAGGCAGUGUGGGAUGCAAAACCAGGGUAAAUUCAUACCCAGCGAUAGAAGAGUGAUCUCAAAGCCCUUUUUACCAAACUCGUCUACUACCUUAGACAACUAUCGCCAGAAGACAUUCUGCGGGACAUACUCUGUGGACGGCAACAUUUUCCUCUCAGCCUCUCAAGAUCAAUGCAUUCGUGUAUACGACACUCGCGAUGAUGAGUUCAAGUUGUUAAAGAAAGUGCGAGCCCGGGACGUCGGCUGGAGCGUUUUGGAUACUGCCUUCAGCCCAGAUGGCAAUUACAUGGCGUAUUCAAGUUGGUCAGACUGCAUCCACCUGUGUAAUGUGUAUGGAGAUGAGGAGAUUCACCAGGCCCUACCUCUCCACCCUAACGCCAACAGCUUCUGUAUCUUCUCACUCACGUUCUCCUCAGACAACAGAGAAAUCAUGGGAGGCGCCAAUGAUGGUAACCUGUAUGUGUAUGACCGGGAUAGUGGACAGAGAUCUUUGAAGAUUGAAACCCAUGAGGAUGAUGUGAAUGCAGUAGCGUUUGCAGACCGUAGCUCUCAAAUACUCUUCAGUGGUGGAGAUGAUGGGCUUAUCAAGGUUUGGGACCGGCGUACACUGAAAGAGGGGAGCCCAGUCCCUGUGGGUAUUAUGGCGGGUCACUAUGAUGGAAUAACCUUCAUAGACUCAAAGGGUGAUAGUCGAUACUUGCUGUCUAACUCCAAAGACCAAACCAUGAAACUGUGGGAUGUACGCAACUUCUCUCCUCAAGACGCCAUAGAACAAACAAAGAGGGCUGUCUCCAAGCAACGAUGGGAUUACCGCUGGCAACAGGUUCCCAAGAGAAUGCUAAAGAAGCCGCAGUUGGAGGGUGAUGGGUCUGUAAUGACGUACCGGGGUCAUUCAGUGCUUCACACACUUAUACGCUGCAGGUUCUCCCCGGAGUAUUCCACGGGCCAGCGUUAUGUAUACACUGGGUGUGCUCUUGGUAACCUUGUAGUGUAUGACCUGCUGUCGGGGAAUGUUGUUCGAAAGCUGGAGGGACACAGGUCAUGUGUGAGAGAUGUCAGCUGGCAUCCGUAUGAGAACAACAUUAUGACUGCAUCUUGGGAUGGUACUGUUCGCAAGUGGACUUACGAAGCUAAAGAUGAGAUCAAUGAUUUACGAGUGGACAGUCCAGAUGAUAACGGCAACAGUGACGAUGAUGAUGAUGAUGAAAGUAGAAGGCGGCGGCGUAGUCUGAGACAUUGUCAUGAAAAAAGACUCUCGAAAAAACAGAGAACUUCAAGCCAAUGUGAAUACCUUAUGCCGGAGAAGUGUGGGGGGUUGUUCGAUUGAUAUUAGGAGUUUUAGUAAGAAGAUGUGAAACCCUGAACGUAUGGAACUCAUUGUAUGGUGCUGAAUGAUGAAUCAUUUCACUUUGAACAACGUAUUACUAUAUCCCAGGGAGUUGUCAUAGUAGCUGAAUGGGUGCAUGUUGGUCAUUCAGGGUGUAUUGGAAGUGUUCAUAUGUUGACAUUUGAGACCGUCAGUGUUGAACUCACAUUGCGGUGAAUGAUAAGUCUUUUGAUUAACGUUUUGAAGGAAUGAAUCAUCGCACUAUAAUGAGAAUCUUGUGGAAUUAUAUGCUUCUGUAAUCAAGACAAUUGCAUAUCUGUGAUUUGUUCAUGAAGAAAUGAAACAUUUAGCCAUGUUUAGCUGAUUUUUAGCUCAAAGGCUCUGCUAAUGCUUGCUUUAAACUGGAAAUAUUUGUUGAUGCUGUGGAGAAGAUUGUACAGGUAUCAUGUGAUUACAAUAAUUUUAUUUAAAGCACUUACAUAUAUAUAAGGGUUCUAGCUAAAGAGUUAAAUAAGGGUGCUGCACCGGGUCCUUUUCCUAGCGUUCUUCUGUCCUCAUGAACACCAGUAAGUCAAUCUUUCUGCCGUCAUAGAAAUAAAUGCUUAAGAUAACCAAAUAAUUCUCUUGUUUAGAUUAAUUAGAUUUUAUAUACAUACAAACAAUGCAGAGAGGCUGUUGAACCUAGAAAUACUUCAAUUAAACACAAUCCCUUAUAUUUUUGAAUUCCAAAGUUCAAUUUCUUUACAGCCCAACACAUUGUGCCCCUUCCAACUUAACCACCCUGUCCCUCCUCUGCAGCACCCUGUCCUGUUUUAAAACCUGGCCAGAACCCUAUAUAUGGCAGUACACACAUUUUUAUACACACAUUUUUAUUUCAUUCAAAGUAUUUACAUGCAUAUCCACUUCUGCUGUAUUUGCAAUUUAUAUUGAGCAAUGUACUCGCAUCUAAGAGUUCAUAGCCGAAUUGCUGUAAAUAGAUAAUGAAAGAAAGUAUCUGCAUUUUAGUAUGGUAAUUUGAGCAAGCCCGGAUGACAUUUUGCCAGUGGAGGGCUUGCGGGCUUGUGCUAAUUUCGACCACUGUAUGGUAGUCAUAAACUUGCCAGGAAUUUGAUUGUUGUUAUCUGAAACUCAGAACGAAUAGGCAUUGUAAAUAAAUUAUAUGUUGUACAUGUAUGUAUAUGUACUGACAUUCAAUAACAUGCUGUACAAUGUACAUAUAUAAAUUUGACGGUUGAUUAUGAAACCUCAAUAGCUGAAAAUUACUUCCAUUCAAGGUUUUCCAACUCUUAUUGUAUGAAAAUAUUUUCAACACAUCUCCACAUAUUUUUUUAGUAGGUUAACAACAUAAUUUUUUAUGACGAAAAACACAUGAAUUAAUGAAUCUGUUUUCUGAUUGGUUAAAGGGUUAUCAUAAUCUAUGUUAUAGAAAGAAUUUUAAUUUAUUUAGUAUUCCUGUUUAUUUAAGAUUGAAUAUUUAUAACGACAUUAUUAAUAGGGACAAAAACUUCAUACUAUCUAGAUACAUGUAUGUUAUAAAUACACAACUAUGUGUUUUAUGAGCAGAAAAAGAAUAAACAAAAAUGAUACCUAAAAUAAUAACAUGAUAUUUAAAGUGUUUAAAGAGUGCAAAAUAGGUCAUUUUCCAUAAAUUUUUAAGUUGAAAUAAAGAGCAAAUAAUAAUACAAACUGAUAUAACUAUAUGGAUAAUGAUGUUUUUUUUCUUUGAUUUAUUUAACAUUUAAACGUAUUCAGCAUUCAAUACCCUUAAUAUGAUGACGACAUACUAUGGAUCACCUAGGCAUCAAAAUAAAACAUAGUUAUUGUAAAUGGAGUUACCAGAAGCUAGCUUAUUUGUGGAUUCUUUAAUAAGAUGUGUUAUGCUGACAUUUAAUGCCUAUUUUAUAAUAUAAUAAUGAUAUUUGAUCAUUUUAUGAUAGUCAUAACAAUGAUAUUUGUGUGUACAUGUUGUUAUAGAAUGCUGUGCAUUCUUAGCUCAAUGAUAUUUCCUCUUAAAUGUUUGGUAUUACUAUGAUUUAUCUGUAAAUGUAUUAUUGCAUUUACUGAAUGAUUUUGUGAUGUACACUUCUAUUUUGUAAGGCUGAUUUAAAAAUGAUUUAGUCAGGUUUUACUUUUAUAAAGUUAUGGAAUAUAUUUUUAAAGUUUACAGCAAAUGCAUCUGUUCUUCCAAACAAAUAAAAUGUAAAUAUAUAAAAAAAUAUACAAAUUUAAAACUAAGUGGAAAUUUGGCAGUCAUAUUUGUCAGUGGCUUUCUUCAUUAUCACUUUGCUGGAAUUAUUUGCGCUAUUUAAAAUAAAUAAAUAAAAACAUAGUACUGUAUAAACUGUGUAUAGGACGCUAGCAUAGAUAGGACGCAGGCAAAAAAAACGUGGUGAAAAAUAGGAAGCAGUGAGAAAAUGUCAAAAUCAUCAGCCAUUAUCAUUUGUAAAUUUUAUUGAAUCGUGAAAAUGGCAAAUGUUAUUAAAUAGUACAGCACAUGUACAUAAAUAAUAUAAUAACUUCCCGAUAAUGCUCUUUGUAGUCACGAAUUGUAAUUAAUGGAAUUAAUGGAAUUUGUGCAAGUGUUUGGUUUUGCCAAUUAUCACCUGUAUAAAUUGAUAACACAGUGUUAUGUUAUGUUCACAAAUUAUUCUUGUGUUUCAUAUUUAUGUCAGAUAUAGAAUGCUUUUCAGUUUUUGUUGUGUCUGUUUUUAAUGUGCUUGCUCUUACUGUUAAAGAGACUAGACGCAAGAUGAUACAAUUGCAAGAAAAUAAAGAAAAAUGUCAAAAACUUGCAUCAAAUUGAUAUGGUAGUGUACAAAGCAUUGAAUCUUACUAACUAUCAUGUAUUACAUGCUAUUUUUAAACAGGGAAACUCAUCAGAGAUUGUUGACUUUAUUCUUUAGAUCAUGUAAAAUGAUGUAUGAUCGGCCACAAACUAGCUCGUAUUGAAAAUUUCUAGGCUUGUUUUGAGGAAAAACUGUAAUUACCAAUUUAUGGACCAUCUGGUGUCAAGUCCCUUUAAAGUGUUAUUUUCUAUGUUAAUUUAUUAUUUGUUACAUAAAGAUUAAUCUAAACAGUAAAACACAUGUUGAAUGAGUCUCUCUGAUAUUGCUUUGUCCUAUUAUAUAAAAGACUUAACUAAGUUAGGCAAACCGUUUUAGUUUUUCAAAAUCAUUUUUGUGCCUUUUCAAUUAGCAAAAUUGCGUGUGAUAAGUCUGUAAUUAGGAAAAUAUGAACAUGGUUAUUUUACUAAGAAAUAAUUCAAUUUUCAGUUUUUGUAUUAUGCCAUUUUCCAGCCCUAUUUCAAUUCAGAAGUUCUCUUUUGGGAAAAUAGAUGUUUUUUGCAAGGGAAAAUGGCCAAUAUUCAACAGUUAAAUUAAUAAAAGAUGAUCACUGACAACAUAAUUUUUAGCAUUUCUUUUUUCAAAGAACAUCUAUCAAGGUAUCAAUAUAAUCUUGGUGUUGACAAUUGUGGUGUCAUAUUGCAAAACAACAUUCUAUAACCAUGUCCAUAUUUUGAAAACAGGGAAUACCAGAAUGCAAGAGACAAUACAUGUAUAAGCAAGGCACAUGUCUCUGGCUUGAAUAAGUAUGGAAUUAUUCUGCCAUUUGACAGAAAAAAAACAAGAGCAGACGAGCGUUGGCUAUCACCCCCGGGCACUCUUGUUAUGCUUUAUGAUAAUCAUGUGUGGAAAGGCCAUUCUUAGAAUAUACCUUGCAUUUCAUUCUCGUGUUCAUUGUAAUUAUACAUUUGUUUGUUAUUAGUCUUAAUUUAUACUACGAUCUGAUUCUCUUGAAAUACUUAAGAAUAUGAAAAAAGGUUAUUUCUCUAUAUCUGCUUUUAAGUACCCUUAAAUAUUCUUGUUAACAGAAAGUGACAACAUUUCACAGGGGUUCCAGAGUUCAGGAUUAUGAGCUUUAAACUUCAGACUAUUGUACAGUAGUAAAAACUGUUUUUGCUCAGAAAUUUGCAUGAAAAACAGUAGGAAGUACCUUGAAAUGAAAAUAAAUGACUGGAAACAAUUUCAAAAAGGGUCUUGUCACAUUAACCCUCCUUUGGGCAUGAAUCCCCCGUAGUGAAAUGCAUCGUGGGCUAUAUUUUAGGAUUUCCAAUAAUCGGCUGUUAGAAUCCCUGAUUACAUGUAUACAAACAUAUAAUCAAAUACUUUGGUCCUGAAUUGCUAAUAAUGGAUUCAAUUGUUUUGGGUAGUGAUAUUAAUUCCUAAAAUCUAGUCACAUGUAGAUUACUGGGACCAUUAUAAAGAUCGUAAUCAUGAACGAAACAUGAAAACAACCUGAAGUCAUAUUGUUUAAUAUUUCUUAGAAAGUCUAUUACAAAUCAUUGAGAUGCUAAUGACUGCUGGACUAGACUACAAAGAGUUAGAUAGAUCCAGUCUUGAUGGCAGAAAGAAUGAUUUCGUUAUUGUUCAGAUGUGUUGUACCACCUAUAUACUGUUGGUAUUGUUAAGACAUGGCCAGUGUGUUGUUUAAGUUUUCUGCCUUGUUAAUCAUAGCUUGUUCUUGCUUGAUCCGGUUGCCCGGAUGGUGUAAUCAUGUUAUCUAGGUGUGAGGCUACAAUUAAUGAAAAGUUUGUUCAGCGUAAGCCUCUCCAGUGGUUGCGAUUUUCACUAUGGAAUUAAGGAGUUGAAGUAAGUUUUUAUUACAUAAUUAAGGUGUUUAGAAGCAAAACAUUGAUUUUCAUUAUGCACUUAAGGUGUUUAGAAGCAAAACAUUGAUUUUCAUUACAGACUUAAGUUGUUUAGAAGCAAAACAUUGAUUUUCAUUACGUAAUUAAGGUGUUUAGAAGCAAAACAUUGAUUUUCAUUACGUAAUUAAGGUGUUUAGAAGCAAAACAUUGAUUUUCAUUACGGACUUAAGGUGUUUAGAAGCAAACAUUGAUUUUCAUUACGGACUUAAGGUGUUUAGAAGCAAAACAUUGAUUUUCAUUACGGAUUUUUUGAAGUAAAAAUUGAAUUGAGGGGUUAUGAAGUAAAACUUGGGUUGGGUAACGCCAAACAAACUGUUUAUUUAUUGUGACCUAGCAUGACUGAUUAGUGGUAAUAUACACAUUUACUGGUUUUACACCUUUCUGUGUUUGUUAUUUUUUUCAGUCUUGUUUCAUUUUGUUUGUUUUCUUUUGUGUUUACUGGUUUUGAAAAGUGUAAAAACUGAUCAUGUUUUAGUUCAAUUUAAACAUUUUUGUUCUCACUUAUAAAAUGUUCAUGUACAUAGAAUGAAUGGAAAUAAAUUGUUAAGAAUA